AUGACGACGGCCAAAAAAACACAUGUCGGGGUCAAAGCCAACAACCGCAACGAGGCCAAGCUGUACUCGCUACUGGGGCAGUAUUUCCAGGAGGCGCAGCGGUCGCUAGUGGCGCAGAGAAAGAUCAUUGUGUCCAUGCAACAACUACACGAGGGAGCAGUUCAGUGGAACAUGGAAGAGCAGUUCACGCGCAAGUUUCUGCUGCUGGUGAACCGCAUGCUCACGUGCAAGAAGGGCGACAAGUCGGCCGACAAGGUGGUCGAGUUCAUCGGCUCGUAUGUGGGACGUCUUCAGGAGGAAGAGGAAGACCGGGAUGAAGAUGAAGAUGAUGAGGAGGAAGAGAGCACAGUGGCGUCUCGUUUCUGCGAGGCACUCAUUCGUCACGUGCUCCGAGGAACCCAGGCCAAAGAUAGACAUGUGCGGUUCCGAUGCUGCCACAUUCUGUCUACCGUCAUCAACUCUCUUAGUGACAUUGACGACGACCUUUUUGAAGACCUGCGAGACUCCAUGUUUGCGCGGUCGUACGACAAGGACGCCAGCACACGGCUAAAGGCCGUGUUGGCUCUGUGCCGAAUCCAAUCUUCUGCUGAGGAAGGAGAGGAGGAGUCCGCGGAGGAGAAACAGCUACAGGAGCUGCUACUGAGCUUGAUCCAGAACGAUCCCUCGGCCGACGUGCGCCGGGCUAUCCUGUUCAACCUCAAGGUGACCAAGAAGACCCUUCCCUAUCUUCUUGAACGUGCACGUGAUACCAAUUCCAUCACGCGACGGUCGGUGUAUGGACGGACCAUGAAGAGCAUUGGUGAUUUCCGAAUGCUGCGGAUCGGCAUGCGAGAGAAGUUGCUCCAAUGGGGUCUCAAGGACCGAGACACGAGUGUGGAACAGGCAGCCACAAAGAUGCUUGUCACCCAAUGGCUCGAAACCUGUGACGGUAGCGUCCUGGAGCUUCUGCAGCGUCUCGAUGUGCUCAAUUCGACUGUAGCUGAGACUGCCGUCGAGAUUAUAUUUGACCAGAAGCCCCAAAUGGUUUCCAACCUCUCGUUCAAAGAUUCGUGGGACACCUUGACACCAGAAACGGCCUUCCUGGCGCGUGUAUACGCCCAAUACUGUCUCAAGAAGGGCUACGACGAUCUAGUGGACGCCCAGGUGCCAGAAGUUACAAAGAUUGCUUUCUUUAUUGAGCGCGAUCUCCAAAAUCUGACCGUGGACGAAGAGGGAUACUCCGAGCGGGAGUUUGUGCUUGAGCAGCUUUUGCUUCUGGCGCAGCAGCUGGAUUUUGGUGAUGAAAUCGGACGACGAAAGAUUGUGGACGUGCUCACCAAUGCGCUGACUAAUAAAGAUCUCUCUGAUACUCUUGUGUCUGCGGUUGUCAACGUGUUCCACAAACUGUGCACCCGAGAGCGAGACUUCAUCCAGGUGCUGGUUGAAAUCGUGGUGGAUAUCGAAGACAUUGCACGUGAGUCUGAAGACCCAGACAGAGUGCUUUGUACCACUUUGCGGUGUCUGGCUAUCACACAGACGGUGCUUGAGCAGGUGGAGACGUCUCUGGAGUCGAAUGUCGAGCUGAGCGGUCUACUAGAUUCUUUGGUUCUUCCCUCAGUUCGCUCUCAUGUGAUUACAAUCCGUGAACGGGGUCUACGAUGCCUGGGUCUUCUUUCUCUGUUAUCUCGUGAACAAGCGUCGGACAAUCUCAUGGUUUUCGGACACUGUGUUCACAAGGGCGAGGCUGAGUUCAAGGUUGAAGCUCUUAAGAUCAUGUCUGAUAUUUUGGUUCUUCAUGGUCGUUCAGUUCUCGAUCUUCCCGAUAAAGUGGACUCUGAGAGUGUGCACAAGCUGUACUACCAGGCGUUGAAGAACGCCGACAUCCCCGAGUUACAGGCUGUUGCCGCCGAAGGACUGUUCAAGCUGCUUCUCUGUGGCGUCUUUUCCAACCCCGAUCUUCUGGCGGGUAUCCUUCUCAACUACUUUGACCCACAGAGUGCUUCCAACGGUGCUCUGAAGCAGGUUUUGUCUUUCUGCAUUCCUGUGUACGCCUACUCACGUGACGAGAAUCAGCAGGUGCUUGGAUCGGUGGCUAUUCCUGCUAUCGAUAGAAUUCUGCGUCACCUGGAGGAUAUUGAAGAUGAUCCUCUUACCGGUGCCACAGAGAUGAUGCAGCAGGUUUUGGACUGGACGGAUCCGCGACGUGUGGUGUCGAUUACUAACCAGUCGUCCACAGAAACUACGUCACGUGUCCACUACGAUCUGGCGUUCGAUAUCUUGUCGUAUCUGAGUGAGUGCCGGGAGCGAGCCGAGCACAGGGCGUACACGUCUGCGUUGACCAAGCUGUAUUUCCCCGGCUUGACGGCUGAGGAGCUGACCAAGCUGAAGGAGGCUGUUGUUCGGUGUCACGAGGCCAUCGAGGGUAUUGACAAUGUGUCCUUGAACGCAUUUAAUCGGUUUGUGGCGUCAGUGGAGAACAUGGAGCCUGUGGGAGUUGUGGAUGGCGUUGCAGAGAAGGAGGCAGAGGAGGAUGAUGAGAAGGUAGCUGAAGAAGGGGAGAACGCGGAGGCUGAUACCACUGUUCUAAGACAUACUGUUCCCGAGGAUGAGGAUGCACUUGAGGCCCCCGAGUACCCUGAAGAUGAGACUAGUGGAGACACUAGCUUGAGGGGUUCUGUUGGAGGUCGGGUGUCUAUUGGGGGCCGGGUUUCUCUUGGACUCAGUCCUCUCGGCCGGGGCUCUAUGAGCAGCAGUCCUCUUGGCCGAGGUUCGGCUGGCCGAGCUUCUGUUGGAGGAAGUCCAAUUGGACGGGCUUCUAUUGGAAGUCAUGCGGUUGGAAGUCCCAUAGGACGACGCCAGAGUCGGCUGUCGACAGUUUCGGGCAUCGAUGACGAGGCUGAGGAGAGUGACGAAGAUGAGAGAGAAGAGAGUGAGGAGAGUGACGAAGAUGAGAGUGACGAAGAUGAGAGUGACGAAGAUGAGAGUGAUGUUGAGAUGGACAUGUGA